AAUCGAAAAAUACUCAAUCGCAGACGACGUGGGGGAAAUGGGCCAAUAUUGUGAGAAGAUUAAGAUGUCUUUCUUGUUAGGAAACACGUCAUAGGUUCAAUAUGUAAAGUUUCUUUUCUUUUGGAAUCCACUGUCGCUGAAUAUGAAUUGGUAUCCAUUUUUCAUUCUUGCUAGCUGUGUGAUGCUCCAGGUGUCGAUGACUCCUUCUGAAGAUAGAGAAAAAUUAAACCUAGAUAAAAAAUACACAGAAAAGUACACCAGAAGACGGUAUCUGAAUUUCAAAGGAAGUGCCAAGGUUGUCGGCGAUGCAAAAGUAGUUACACUCUCGUGUAAACCUAAUUUGAAGAUUAAGCACGAAGAUGGACGCCUCUUUUUCAAAGCAUGGAUUAUUGCAAGCAAUUAUUUUUUUAUGCGGUGGUCACCAAACGACAGUGGUACAAGUAGUGACAGCGACUACUACACCAUUGCUGAUGUUUAUUACAAGGACAAGGCGAAACUAGGUUUGAACAACAUCAGAUGGGAAUCAACUGCUGGUUUUGACAAGAUGUCAACUCCUUACACGAUAGCACUGGAAAAUCGAAACAUUCACGAAGACGUUGUAUAUGAUAAGUUUAAAGGUUUCAUGAACUUGUAUCUGAUCCUCCACCGCUGUGAUCCCGUCCCCGGGACCUUCCUCUGUGAGAACGUCGUAUACGCCCAUUACGUAAUGCCGCCCCGCAUGGUCAUACUAUCGGAUUUCUUUUCCUUCAAAGCAGAUAAAGUGAAAUGCCCGGAUUACAAGUACGACAACGGCUUUCACAAAAUGGACAGCUUAUCUGUAGAAUAUCGCAAAAUGAUGGAGAAGAGUUUCAACCGAGAAGAUUUUGGAAUGGCAAAAAUGAUAUUUCGGGAAGUGAAAGGAAGCGGAAAGAGAAAAUACAGCGUGCAGUGCAAAGUGGAACCAAAAUAUUUGAAGGACGUGACGAAAGUGGCGGGAUUUUACAUCUUCUACCAGCCCUUCAGGAUGGUCCCUCAAGCGCGUGUCCUUCUGGCUGGGUUCACUGAGACCCCUCUCUGGACAGAUUCAUAUAAAAUUCGAAUGCUUCCACAGUUCAAGAAAAUGCUGAAGUCAGAGGAUGGAAGAGGUGUUGUGGGUGAAGCGAAUGGAGCUCAAUUUACAGUAAAUAUGCUUUUGGAUGAAUGUGAUGCAUUGACCGGAAACUUUCAAUGCGCAAUCGUAGCCAAGGUCAAAGGAAAAUCAAAACAUCCGAAACACAGAAAUGGAGCCGUAAUAUUUGAGAUUGUGCGAGGCAUGUACAAACUACGGUCAACCACAGUUUCAAAACCCAGUGACAAAUGUAAGCCUGAAGCUGAUGCGUCCAUAGCCUUGACGGCAGAAAAAGUAGUGGUGAAAAAAAUAGACAAAGAAAAGUCGGCAGGGAUUCGGAUAAAACCCACACAAUACUGGAUAGUGAUAGCCGGGAUUUUGCUGACGUUCUUUUAGUAGCAGAAGUACUGAUAUUUUGUACAGGGACUCUUAUUAUGAGUAUUUUGACUUCCUAUAGAUAUGCUUUUGAAAUAGAUUAUAGCGGGGUUUUUUUGUAUCGUAAGUUUGUAAACUUAUGGACAUUCAAAA